AUGGCUCCUAUUCCCAUGAUCACAUCCGCUGCUGCUCCCAAGGUCCUUCCAGUCCUUCUUGCAGUAGGAAGCAUCUCCAUCGUCGGCGGCUACGUCCGCUCCCAACUCACAUCUCAAUCACGCACAUUCGACCGUCAAUUCAGCCAGUACAACACCAACAAGAGCGAAUUCGCAAGAGCAAAGACAUUUGACGGCUCCGUGCCUGAUCCUCGAACAAGCCUCUUUAACGUUCUUGGCUGGUGA